UUGAAUAGGUGUCAGGAGCGAGGAGGCAUCACGGUCCGCCGUCCCUGCUCCAGCCCCGCCUGCCCCAUUCUUCUCAACUCCGCGGCCCGGAGUCGAUUCCACAAGGUCGCCCAGUCCUCUCGGCUGUGGCGCGCUGGAUGGCUGCAGGUCCGCAGCGCCCCCGCCACGCGCCGCCCAGCUACAGGUCCCCGGUGGCGCCGGGCGGCGGAGCCCAGGGCGAGCCUGGGGGUCCAGCACCCUCCAGCGCCCAUCCCUACUCUUUGCACCGCCCCACUCGGUUCCCGCCACUCUUCUGGCAGUCGCAUUGCUCCUCGCACCCUUCUGGGGAGGAAGAGCAGGAGUGGCGGCCAGUGGAGACCGCUAGCCGGAGGAGCUCCUGGUCCCUGCGGGCCGGGCCCGCGGAUAGCUCGGGAGCGGGACCUAUUGAUACGGGGUGUGGAUCAGUCUCCGUGGGAUCCGUGGCCCGCGUGCCAAUCUAACUGCGGUGGUCGGGAAGGGAGACGCGCCCGGCCACGGCCCCCAGGAGAGAGAGACACAGUGACGGGCGAGGCUCCCACUCGUCGGCGCGAGUCGCAGGCGCUCCGGAGCGUCCCCCGGUGGCGGGGCAGGACCACGGACAGCGACUGAGCUCCGGCGCUGGGCCCGGCAGCGGUCCCGACUCGGGCGCGGGGAGAGGAGCCGCAGCCGUGCGCGCCUGAAACCUCGCCUUCCGAGUCCUCCGAAAAUCGGACUUGAGCCGCGGCUGCCUGGUUGGCUGGCUUUUCCGUUCUUCUUUUUCCUUCCCAAAGACCAGUGUCUGAUCUCUCAAGUUCAAGUCCCCAGGACUUGCCCAGUCUCCUUAAGUCAGUUCUACGACCGUCCUGUAGGCGGUCUCAGGAAGCUGAGCGCCCCGGACUGCUCGUUUCUCAGUGCUCGCGCGGGCAGUCCCCGGUGUGUUUGGCUCAGCAACCCGGCGCAGUCGCUUUUCUCCCUUCUUGCCUCCCUUUCUCUCGCCCUCUCAGGCCCCUUCAACGUCCCAUACCCUGUUUUUGCCUCUUAAGUUUUCUGCACCGUGAAUUCAACUGUGCCUAAGACCAGGCUCCGGUGGAACCAGUCCCGAGCGCGACCUGGGCACUGGAUCGCCCCGACUCCGCCGACCCUGGACGCGGCAGCGGCAGCGGUCCGCGCCCGAGAAUGGAUACGGAGCGCCAGGGAGGGCAUGUCCGGAGCGCCGGAGACGCCAGGCCGGAAUAGCUCCUCCAUGGAGCCAGCCCAGAGCGCUUCCUGCCCUCCGGCUUCUCCUUUACUUCUGUGCGGCUGCUGAGAGCGCUCCUUGCUCUGUAAAGUGGAUGUCAGGUGGAUCUAUGUUUUUGAAGGAACAAAGACUCAGUGAAGGCGCCGCCAAGGAAGUUUGAGACGCGGGAGGAUGCAGGCUGCCUGCUGGUACGUGCUUCUCCUCCUGCAGCCCACCCUCUACUUGGUCUCAUGUACCAACUUAACAAAUGGUGGAAAAUCAGAACUUCUAAAAUCAGGAAGCAGCAAAUCCACACUAAAGCACAUAUGGACAGAAAGCAGUAAAGACUUGUCUAUCAGCCGACUCCUGUCACAGACUUUUCGCGGCAAAGAAAAUGAUACAGAUUUAGACCUACGCUAUGACACCCCAGAACCUUAUUCUGAGCAAGACCUCUGGGACUGGCUGAGAAACUCCACAGACCUUCAAGAACCUCGGCCCAGGGCCAAGAGAAGGCCCAUUGUCAAGACGGGCAAGUUUAAGAAAAUGUUUGGAUGGGGUGAUUUUCAUUCCAACAUCAAAACAGUGAAGCUUAACCUGUUGAUAACAGGGAAAAUUGUGGAUCAUGGCAAUGGAACUUUUAGUGUUUACUUCAGGCAUAAUUCCACUGGUCAAGGGAAUGUAUCUGUCAGUCUGGUGCCCCCGACUAAGAUAGUGGAAUUCGACUUGGCACAACAAACGGUGAUUGAUGCCAAAGAUUCCAAGUCCUUUAACUGUCGCAUUGAAUAUGAAAAAGUUGACAAGGCUACUAAGAACACACUCUGCAACUAUGACCCUUCAAAAACCUGUUACCAGGAGCAGACACAAAGUCAUGUGUCCUGGCUCUGUUCCAAGCCCUUUAAGGUGAUCUGUAUUUACAUUUCCUUUUAUAGUACAGAUUAUAAACUAGUACAGAAAGUGUGUCCUGACUACAACUACCACAGUGACACACCUUACUUUCCUUCGGGGUGAUAAUGAACUGGGAAUGAAACUGAAGCCUGGAGAAUUAAAGUUUAUUUGACAGGGCUGUUACCUCAAGAAGAAGGUCACACCUGUUGCCUGGAAUGUGUCUACACUACUGCUCUUGUCAACCAGCUGCAAAUACGCUAGUGGAAAACAAUCUGUUGUAAUUUCUGCCUAGUCAGCUUCAUCUCUCAAUAUAGUUGCAAAUCACCACAGAUUUUAAAGUCACACUUGAAGACACACUCUCAUCGUAGAUAUAUACACACACAUACUCACAUUUCAGCUUGCACCCAUCAUGAUUCCUAUUGAGAGGGCUUACAUGUCUGACUCAUAAUCGUUCAGGAUAAACUAUCAUCAGGCAAAAGGCUUAACUAGUUGGCAAAUGGUUUUUAACACUUGCUGUUAAGAAAUAUCUUUUGAAAUCUUGAAUACAUGGUAAUCAAUAAUCUUCACUCAUGCAUUCUUAUCGCUUAGAAUAGCUGUACUGGUAAAUACUACUGUAGGAGUAUAUGCUUGUUAAAAUGGAAAAAAAAAUGUGUCCUUAGAGCUCAGUAUUCUUUAUUUUAUGAACACAACAAAGUGUAGUGAUCCCCCCCCCCCAGGAUAUAGUAGGCACAUUCAAGGUGAUACAAGAUGGCUGUUUUUUUUUCUAUAGAGGUAAUAUGUUUUCUGUAAAGGUGAGCAAAUAUUUGAAAUUUACUUGUGAGAAGACAUUGGAUUAUAACUUCUAUCACUAAUUAUUGGACUUUUGCAAAGUUGAGACAAGCAAAGGCCACUUAGAAAUGAAUUCUGAUCAUUAUAUAAGAAGGGAAUUAACUGACAGGCACCAUGUAAGUUAUGUGUCUGUCUUAUCUUUACUACACAUAUUGUAACAAAUUCAAUAUCCUAGUCUUCAUUUGUAUGAAUGGUUUGUUUUGUACAUAGUUUAACCAAGUGUUAUUUGAGCUGCUUAUUAAUAUUAACUUGUACUUGUCUCUCUGCUUGUUAUUGGUUAUAAAAACAAUGGAUAUGAGGAAUCCAUUUAUCACUGUAGCUGUGAAAUCCAUUAAAAAAGAAAAUUUAAUGUACAUAGCAUUUAUUCAGCUCAAGUAUUGUUGAAAGCUAUACAUAUACAACAUUACAGUCUGUCUGUACUUAGAUAUUUUAUUUCUGGACAAAAUGAAAUGUACAUAAAAUAAAAUGCUUAAAGUUGAGUUUCAA